AUGGCAAAGGCUCUUAAGAGACAACCAGAUUGGGUAUUGCAGAAACUUGGAUUAGAAAGAGAUGUCAUUCAAAGCCCUAAGUCAAACAGAGUUGACGAAGAGAAGGGAAAAGGUGAAGUAACUAGACUAACAACCCCUAGGUAUAGUCCCCCUCACAUGAGAAACUUGGAGCAACCAUUUAAGGUCUAUGAUAAUCCAUUGUCUGAUGCUUUAGAUAAUAAUUAUGAAAAAAAGGAUAAAUGGAAAAAUACACCCUACCAUGAAAAUAAAAAACAGUAUAAUUAUAGACAAUACAAUAAUCAUAAUGGUGAAAGAAGAACUAAUAGUGGGGAAAUUACUGGUAACUGGAAUAAUAGAGAUAGGAUCAACAAUGUAAGUAAUAAUGGAGCAAAUCAUGGUAAUAAUGGAAACUAUGGCAACAAUGGUAAUGGGGACAACAAAAAUGGAAAUAACAGUAAUGGUGGAGGUAACAAUGGAAACAUUGAACAAUGUAUAAUUGCUCAAGGUUUUGCAGAAGAGGACCAUGAGAAUGAAUAUGAGCCCAUAGUAAAUGUACUUCCAUCAAAUCCAUUUUGGGGUAGGGAUGAGGAUUCAUCUGAGGGUGAUCAAUCAUCAGAUGUACAAUGGAGAAGAGAGAACCAACAACAUAGUGUACAACAAGUUUUUAUUAAUGAUGAAGCGGACAUCCCAUCCUUGAGGAGAUUGUUCCAUAAUGAAGAGCCAGUGCAUUCCUUGAGGAACUUAACAGAUGAAGAAAAGAAAUCAUAUACUGUGGCAGCAGUAGCUCAAGCAAAAACCAAUUAUCAGUUAAGAAAUAGAAUAGUGAACCAAGAACAAGAUUCAGGUGCAGCCGUGAACAUAAUGCCAAAAGAUGUCAUGAAAGAACUUGUGAUGCAUGUGGAAACUCCCUAUGGGAAAUGCUAUGCUAUGGAUAACAAAUUAGUCCCAGUUGUUGGAAUUAUGAAAAAUGUGGAGUUUCGAUUUCAGCAUGCCCUAAUACAUCAUAUAAAAUAG